UCUCUCUCACACACACACACACACACACACACACACACACACAAACACACAAACACACACACACAGAUCAGAUCACAGACACAUGUGUUCAUGUCGAGCUCUGAUGUGGACUCGGAGAAAAGAUUCAGGAUGACAGACAGGAAGCGAGACACACACGAGUCUCUGUAACACUCAGAGUGAGACACUGUGAGACACUGUGAGACAGUUCACAUAUGGAGCUAAAGGAGUUUUCACUGCACACGUUUUCUACUUUUCUCCUGAUCCUGGGCUUCAAAUAUUCAAAUAUAUUGUAAGGUACCUGGUUGGUGUAGUAAUAAUGAGUGUGUUGUGGAGUGUGUAUCUGGCCGUCACGCUUGUCUCACACAUCCUCUGCUCUAUUUCACCUGAAAACGAGGUUCCACUGCACACGGCUACGUGGCUGAGUGAUGGCAAGGUCACACAAGUCCAUCUGAUUAAAGGACACACACACAGGCUCCAUUUCACACUGAGGAAGAAGACGCCUGCUCUGACCCUCACCGUUUCUCCCUGUUCAGGAAGUGUAGAGUGGAGUCUGACUGCACACUCACUGAAGGACAAGACAGCAAAGGAGUAUUACUGGAGCUUUAAGAAGAGCGAGCCUGAAGUGUGGUGGAGAAAAUCAGCGAGUGAGAAGACACUGUACACCUACUCAGGUAGUGCUGUGGAGACCUACAUGGCUCCUGCACUCCACCCGGUCUCCGUCUACACCCUGCGCAUUACAGCAACGCAGGAAGACACACACACACAGGUUUACCUCCAUGAAGGCUUCACACCAUUGGGGGUGUUUCCAGAGUUGCCCUUUGAGCCCCGAGUGCAUGUGCUCGGAGUUGGAAUGAGCAGUGUGACACUGACCUGGAGCUCGAGUCCCUCGGUCAUCAAAUCACUCACCACACACACACACGCACACACAACGGCGUACGUGUACUGUGUUACCAUGAACCGCAAACACAACUACAGGAGUCUGUGUGCUGCACAGGAGGAGAAAGGGGGCAUGAAAGACGAGUGGAACAAAGGAGCAGUGGACAAACUGGACAACUCCAGGGAGCGAGUGUGUGUGUGUGAAGAGGUGGAAAGUGUGUGUACCGUCUCUGAGCUUCAACCAAACACACUCUAUUAUUUUGAUGUGUUUGUGGUUGACAAAAUAAACAGCACCAGUGCAGCAUACACAGGAACGGUGGCACACACACACGCAGAAUCGCACACACACGCAGAUCUACACACACCACCACACACUGAGGGUGUGACCCCGCUCAGAGAGGGGCAGGUGCAGUGGGUCACACUGAGUUCUGGGGCAGGUGUGAGGCGGAGUUUCCGUUUUCGGCCCCGUGGAGGGCAGAAGAACGGCCUGCUCACACUGCUGAGCUGCAACGACACACACACGCUCUCACACACACUUUCUGUUUCAGUCUCAGCGAGAGGAAAUGAAGUGACAUCACAGGAAGUGGGAGAUCAGCUGGUCCAGGUGUGGCUGCAGGGGUACGCAUCGUACCUGAUCCAGCUCCGCCUCUCAGCCCGACACACACCUGCAGCACAGAGAGAGACUGUGUGUAUGAAAAUGCAGGCAUCAUCUGCAUUCCACCGCCGGGGGCCAGCACUGCCACACACACUCCACAUCAAGAGCUUUAACACACUGCGCACCUGCAGCUCCGUCACACUCGCAUGGAUGGGGACAGAGGAACGAGGACUGUACUGCCUCUACAGGCGCCGAGUGGAGGAGAGGGGGGAGACUGGUGGACACGGAGUGAUACGGGGUAGACAGACAGGUAAAAACAGACCAGACAGAGAGAUACAGGGUAGACAGGCGGGAAAGAAUAAACCACACGGGGUGACACGGGAAGGACAGACGAGUAAGAAUGGCCCAGAUGGAGUGACACGGGGAAGACAGACGGGUAAGAAUGGCCCAGACGGAGUGACACGGGGUAGAAAGUGGAGUAAGAAUGGACCAGACGAAGUGAUAUGGGGUAGACUGAAAAGUGAGACCGGUGGAGUAAAGCAGGAUGGACAGAGAAGAGACACUGAUGGAGACAGAGGAAUGCAGGAUAGACCCAAGUGUGCGAGAGGACGAGACAGAGUAAGAUGGAGUGCAACAGAUCAGGAAAUAGUGAUGUGUAGUGAUCAGAAGAUUGAGACCAGUCGUAAACGAGUGAUACCUCGUGAACGCAGGAGUGAGACAGACCAUUGCUUGGCACCAGAGUCCCGUCCUCCUGAUGAACGUGUCCUCUGUAAAUACUUUCAGGAGCUUGAUGCACGGCGUGCAGUUACCACGGCAACAGUGGGCGGACUGGAGGCGGAGACACUCUACAUAUUUGACAUUUACCUGAUGAGGCGAUGGGCACUUCCUGUUAAAUACUACAGCAAGACGGUGCGAACCAGGAGAGAUUGCUGAGACACACACACACACACACACACACACACACAGCUACAGCCACACAAACUGAACACCGAUCACAUGACCAUUGUUGCUGUUGAAAGAGUGUUUAUUAGAGCUGUAACAGGACUGCACCAAACACACUGCAACACCACACCUGUCUAUCAGCACAGAGAGAGAGAGAGAGAGAGAGAGAGAGAGAGAGAGAGGGGGAAAGUCAUAAAGGAGGAGACAAAGAGACAUUAAGAGAGUGAGACAGAUGUGUCCUGCAUGAUCAUGAAUUCAUCUUCAUGGUGUUUGUGUUUGUUGUGUUUCACUUUUACACACCAAUAAAAAAACAGCUGUCGAAAGAUAA